AUGGCUAACGUUGCCUUUUUAGACCCUAUGAAGAAUGAACCAAAUCUUUAAACUGCUUAAGAUGUUGAUGAUUAUAUAAAUACAUUAAUAUAACAUUAAAAUGCUUGUGAAAAGCAAGGAAAAUACAUGGAAGCAGAAGAUGCAAGGAAAAGAAUUAAUGAGUUGAGAAAAUAACUUAUAACAAAAAAAAAGAAAGAAUUAAUAAUAAAUUGGUAAAAUUAAAAAGAUUAGGCUGAAAAGGCUCAUAUGGAAGAAUAUAAUUAAUUCAAUUAAUUUUGGGAUAAUAAAAUGGUGAAUUUCAAUGAAGAAGCAAAGUAAGUAGAAAUUGAAUUAUAAAAUCGUUAAUAAAAUGAAUACAAAUAAUUAUAAGAAGAAUUAGAAAGAACUACUCCUUAUAAACCAAAAGAAUCUUCUGAAAUAUUGAAUCUAAAGAAAAUUGAAGAGCAUUUAGCUAAACAAAAGAAGUACAAAUUGUUUUUUAUUUAUAGUUAUGUAGAAGCACAUACCAUAUAAAAUAAACGUGCUUAACUAGAAGAAGAGGAGCUUAAGUUAUAUUCAACAUAAAGAAUUUUGAAGAUAAAAACAUAGUUGCAACAAUUUGAAUAGAGACAUUUAAAUGAAUUAAAUGCAUUACAAUAAAGAAUAAAGGCAGGACAAGAUGAAUUAAGAAAAAAUAGAAGUAUUGAUUUAGAAAGGUAAUUAAUAUAAUAUUAUUAUUAUUAUAAAGGUUGUUAUAAAAAUAUCAAAAUAUGAAAAAAGAUUUAGAGUAGAGAGAAUAAAUGGAUAUUUUAGCAUUUGAUGGAUAAUUUAAAACUAAAGGAUGUAGUAGUUAGAGUACUUAUAAAAGUGUAAUGAUGAUGGCUAAAAAAUGA